UCUUUCAGGCAUCUAUUAACAAGCUAAAAGUGACAGAACCAUGGCUCAGUUUCCAACACCUUUUGGGGGCAACCUGGAUAUCUGGGCUAUUACUGUGGAGGAGAGAGCUAAACAUGAUCAACAGUUCCAUAGUCUGAAACCAACCUCUGGAUUUAUCACUGGUGAUCAAGCUAGAAACUUUUUUUUUCAAUCUGGGUUACCUCAACCGGUGUUAGCACAGAUAUGGGCUCUAGCUGACAUGAACAAUGAUGGGAGGAUGGAUCAGUUGGAGUUUUCAAUAGCUAUGAAACUUAUCAAAUUAAAACUACAAGGUUAUCAACUCCCAUCUGCACUGCCUCCUGUCAUGAAGCAGCCACCUAUUGCUCUGCCUAGUGCACCAGGAUUUGGUAUUGGGGGCAUUGCCAGCAUGCCAUCUCUUACAACUGUUGCCCCAGUGCCAAUGGCAUCUAUUCCAGUAGUAGGAAUGUCUCCACCAUUAGUAUCUUCUGUUCCUGCAGCAGCAGUACCUCCCCUGGCUAAUGGAGCUCCUGCUGUUAUACAGCCUCUGCCUGCUUUUGCUCAUCCUGCCACAUUGCCAAAGAGUUCUUCCUUUAGUAGAUCUGGUCCAGGAUCGCAGCUAAACGCAAAACUGCAAAAGGCACAGUCGUUUGAUGUGGCUAGUGUGCCUCCUGUGGCAGAGUGGGCUGUACCUCAGUCAUCAAGACUGAAGUACAGACAGCUGUUCAAUAGCCAUGAUAAAACAAUGAGUGGACACUUAACAGGUCCACAAGCAAGAACUAUUCUUAUGCAGUCAAGUUUACCCCAGGCUCAGCUGGCUACCAUAUGGAAUCUUUCCGAUAUCGAUCAAGAUGGAAAACUUACAGCUGAAGAGUUUAUUCUGGCUAUGCACUUAAUUGAUGUAGCUAUGUCUGGUCAGCCGCUACCACCUGUACUGCCUCCAGAGUAUAUUCCACCUUCAUUUAGAAGAGUACGCUCUGGUAGUGGCAUAUCUGCUGUAAGUUCAGUAUCUGUAGACCAAAGGUUACCAGAAGAACCAGCAUUAGAAGAAGAACAGCAGCAACUGGAAAAGAAAUUACCAGUUCCCAAGGACCUUCUGUCUCUUUCCAUACCAGUUACAUUUGAAGAUAAAAAACGGGAGAACUUUGAACGUGGCAAUCUAGAACUUGAAAAACGGAGGCAGGCUCUCCUGGAACAGCAACGCAAAGAACAAGAACGUCUAGCACAGCUGGAACGGGCAGAGCAGGAAAGGAAAGAACGUGAGCGGCAGGAGCAAGAACGUAAGAGACAACUGGAGCUAGAGAAACAGUUGGAAAAACAACGGGAAUUGGAACGGCAGAGAGAAGAGGAAAGGAGGAAAGAAAUAGAAAGAAGAGAGGCUGCAAAACGGGAACUUGAGAGGCAACGGCAACUUGAGUGGGAGCGUAAUCGUCGGCAAGAACUACUAAAUCAAAGAAACAAAGAACAAGAGGACAUAGUUGUUCUGAAGGCAAAGAAGAAGACCUUAGAAUUUGAGCUGGAAGCUCUAAAUGAUAAAAAAAAUCAGUUGGAGGGAAAGCUUCAGGAUAUCAGAUGUCGGCUGUCUACCCAAAGACAAGAAAUUGAAAGUACAAAUAAAUCUAGAGAACUGAGAAUUGCAGAAAUCACCCAUUUGCAACAGCAGCUACAGGAAUCUCAGCAGAUGCUUGGAAGGUUGAUUCCAGAAAAGCAAUUGCUUAAUGACCAGCUAAAGCAAGUUCAGCAGAACAGUUUGCACAGAGAUUCUCUUCUUACUAUCAAAAGAGCCUUAGAAGCCAAGGAACUAGCACGUCAACAGCUUCGAGACCAGCUAGAUGAAGUAGAAAAAGAAACCAGAUCUAAACUUCAGGAAAUUGAUAUUUUCAAUAAUCAACUGAAGGAGCUGAGAGAAAUACAUAACAAACAGCAACUACAGAAGCAAAAGAACUUGGAAGCUGAGAGGCUGAAAAAGAAGGAACAAGAAAGGAAGACAGUAGAACUAGAAAAGCAAAAAGAAGCUCAAAGGCGAAUCCAGGAACGGGAUAAACAGCGGCUUGAUCGAGUGCAACCAGAAGAAGAACUUCAGUGGCCAAAAAAAAUUCAGGAAGAUGAAAAGCAAAAAAGGGAAGAAAUAACCAAGAAGAAGGAAAGUGAGGAUAAGGGGAAACAGGAAAUGCAAGAGAAACUGAGUAAGCUUUUCCAACCACAUCAAGAGCCAAUCAAGCCAGCUGUCCAGGCUCCUUGGUCAAAUGCAGAAAAAGCUCCCCUAACCAUUUCUGCUCAGGAGGAUGUAAAAAUAGUGUAUUAUAGAGCACUGUAUCCUUUUGAAUCAAGAAGCCACGAUGAAAUCACUAUUCAGCCUGGCGACAUAGUCAUGGUGGAUGAAAGCCAGACUGGAGAACCAGGGUGGCUUGGUGGAGAAUUGAAGGGGAAAACUGGAUGGUUCCCAGCAAACUAUGCAGAGAAAAUACCUGAAAAUGAAGUUCCAGCUUCUGUAAAGCCAGCAGUUGAGGCGGCUGCUGCACCUAAAGUUUCUGUGCAUGAAACCACUACAUCACUAGGAACUCCUGCUUCUACAGAGUGUACUACAACUGCUAAUAACUGGGCAGACUUCAGUUCAACAUGGCCAACAAACACUGGUGAGAAACCAGAGACUGAUAACUGGGAUGCCUGGGCAGCUCAGCCGUCUUUGACUGUUCCCAGUGCAGGGCAGCUGCGGCAGCGAUCAGCCUUCACUCCUGCCACUGUUACAGGAUCAUCUCCCUCUCCUGUCUUGGGUCAGGGCGAAAAAGUGGAGGGGCUUCAAGCACAGGCUUUGUAUCCUUGGAGAGCAAAAAAAGACAACCACCUUAAUUUCAACAAAAAUGAUAUCAUCACAGUUUUGGAGCAGCAAGAUAUGUGGUGGUUUGGAGAGGUUCAAGGACAAAAGGGGUGGUUUCCUAAAUCAUAUGUGAAGCUUAUUUCAGGACCCAUUAGGAAGUCAACGAGCGUGGAUUCUGGUUCCUCAGAAAGUCCUGCUAGUCUGAAAAGAGUAGCAUCACCAGCAACAAAAGCAACUAUGUCAGGUGAAGAGUAUAUUGCUAUGUAUACUUAUGAGAGUUCCGAACAAGGAGACCUAACUUUUCAACAAGGUGAUAUGAUUCUUGUGACAAAGAAAGAUGGCGACUGGUGGACAGGAACACUGGGUGAUAAAUCAGGAGUUUUCCCAUCUAAUUAUGUGAGACUCAAAGAUUCUGAGGCUCCUGGAGCAGCUGGAAAAACAGGAAGCUUAGGGAAGAAACCUGAAAUUGCCCAAGUUAUUGCCUCUUACACAGCAACGGGUCCAGAACAGCUUACUCUUGCUCCUGGUCAGUUGAUUCUUAUCAGAAAGAAGAAUCCAGGUGGCUGGUGGGAAGGAGAGCUCCAAGCACGGGGGAAAAAACGGCAGAUAGGAUGGUUCCCUGCUAAUUAUGUAAAACUUCUGAGCCCUGGUACCAGUAAAACUACACCAACUGAGCUACCUAAAUCAACAGCGUUACCUUCAGUGUGCCAAGUAAUUGGCAUGUAUGACUACACUGCACAGAAUGACGAUGAGCUAGCGUUCAAUAAAGGCCAGAUUAUAAACGUCCUUAACAAGGAAGACCCAGACUGGUGGAAAGGGGAGGUGAAUGGACAAGUGGGUCUCUUUCCAUCCAACUAUGUGAAGCUGACAACAGACAUGGACCCAAGCCAGCAAUGGUGUGCAGACUUGCAUCUUCUGGAUAUGUUAACACCCACUGAAAGAAAAAGGCAGGGAUACAUCCACGAGCUCAUUGUCACAGAAGAGAACUAUGUAAAUGAUCUGCAGUUGGUCACAGAGAUCUUCCAGAAACCACUAAUGGAAUCUGAGCUGCUAACAGAAAAAGAAGUUGCUAUGAUUUUUGUUAAUUGGAAGGAGCUGAUUAUGUGCAAUAUAAAACUACUGAAGGCUUUGCGUGUGCGUAAGAAGAUGUCUGGAGAGAAGAUGCCAGUGAAAAUGAUUGGUGACAUACUGACAGCUCAGCUGCCACACAUGCAGCCUUACAUUCGGUUCUGUAGCUGCCAGCUCAAUGGGGCAGCGCUUAUCCAGCAGAAGACAGAUGAAGUCCCUGAGUUCAAGGAGUUUGUUAAAAUAAUAGAAAACACUCCCGAAAACCACCCUGACCACAGUCACUUGAAGCAUGCUCUUGAGAAAGCAGAAGAAUUAUGUUCUCAAGUAAAUGAAGGCGUGCGGGAGAAGGAGAAUUCAGAUAGGUUGGAGUGGAUCCAGGCUCACGUUCAGUGUGAAGGCCUGUCAGAGCAACUCGUAUUUAAUUCUGUUACAAACUGCUUGGGACCACGCAAGUUUCUGCACAGUGGGAAACUCUAUAAAGCCAAGAGUAACAAGGAACUGUAUGGCUUUCUGUUCAACGAUUUCCUCCUCCUGACUCAGAUCAUAAAACCUCUUGGCUCUUCUGGCACAGACAAGGUCUUCAGCCCCAAGUCUAAUCUGCAAUACAAAAUGUACAAAACUCCCAUUUUUCUAAAUGAGGUACUAGUAAAAUUACCCACAGACCCUUCUGGAGAUGAGCCCAUCUUCCAUAUCUCCCACAUUGAUAGAGUCUAUACACUCCGGGCUGAAAGCAUUAAUGAAAGGACUGCCUGGGUUCAGAAGAUCAAAGCUGCUUCAGAACUUUACAUAGAGACUGAAAAGAAGAAGAGGGAAAAGGCCUACUUAGUUCGCUCGCAAAGAGCAACAGGCAUUGGGAGGUUGAUGGUGAAUAUUGUUGAAGGCAUUGAACUAAAACCUUGCAGGUCCCAUGGAAAGAGUAACCCGUACUGCGAGGUGACGAUGGGCUCGCAGUGCCACAUUACCAAAACGAUACAGGACACCCUCAACCCAAAGUGGAACUCCAACUGCCAGUUCUUUAUCAAAGACCUCGAGCAGGACGUGCUCUGCAUUACGGUGUUCGAGAGGGACCAGUUCUCCCCAGAUGACUUUUUGGGCAGAACAGAGAUCCGUGUGGCAGACAUUAAGAAGGAUCAGGGUUCAAAGGGACCAGUUACAAAGUGUCUCCUUCUGCAUGAAGUCCCAACAGGAGAGAUAGUCGUCCGACUAGACCUGCAAUUGUUCGAUGAGCCUUAGAAGGAAAGGGACCAAUGUUUUAUUUCGGUUCACUGCAAUAGGUGUCUGCAGAAGCUGUCACAAAAUCCGUAUUGGUGUGGUAUGAAACUACUGCUUGCCCUUCACACGUAAGAGGGUUAUCAAAGCAAACAGGAGCAUCUUUGUGCCUUGAUAAUUCUCACUGAAAAAUGAAUCCCAAUUUAGUGAGGAGAUCUCCCUCGAUUUCUCUAUGUGGAACUUGACGUUAGUUUCCUGGGUUUAUGAAAUAACCUAGUUGUUCGUUGUGCUCCAGUCUGAAAGGCUGGCAAACCACAUAGGUUGCUGUGCUUGCUCCGGUUACCCUACUCUUUAAUUUACAUGAAGAAGGCAAUGUUGGUAUGUUUUGGAGGCUUUCUGCAGGGUUUUCCCCCUUAAGGAAUUCUGUGCCUAUUGCUCAGCGAAGUGGUGUGUAAAUGUAAGGUGAACGGAAGGAGCGGUUACGCAGCAAGAAGAUCUCUGAAGAUCUUCAUGAUGGUACUGAAAAGACUUAGAAAAUAAAUAGUCUAUAUCUAUAAACAGAGAAGAUUCUAUUAACAUACCACUUCAUGACUCACAUUGCCCCUGAAAAUAAAUUUUGUACAGGCCUUCUGCACAGAGAUGAAUUGCACUCCGCAAGAGUCCACCCACUCGGUACCUUUGGAAGUUGCUGUUUUCUAUAGGACUGAAAAUGUUCGAACAGGAAGCGAAGGAUUAAACAUAGAGCCCUGCUGUAAGUUGUACUAUACCACUCCGAUACUCCUUUACUACUGCUGCUUGAUUGUGUGCCCGCAGAUGGAAGAUCUGUCACCUGCGCUGGGGAAGAAAAAAAAUCACGGCUCUAGCUCAGGAAGCUAAUUUCUACCCCGCAGAGUCUAGCUUGCAAAGCAAUCAGUGGUGACCAGUUAUUAAAUUGUACCGUGCCGAACUGUGUUUGACAUCGUGUUACUGAAUUCAGGGCAGCAGCAUACUGUAGCUCACAAAGGUGUUUGUGGCGAGCCAGGGUGAUAGCAGGUUCGGUGGCAGUGAUCCUGGACGCGACCAGAAACAGAGUGCUCGUGAUGGUGCAGAGUGGGUAACCCCAAAGUAAAAGCCUUGUCAUCUGCGGGAAUGCCAGGGCUUGUAUAUCCAUUUAACUCUACGAACACGCACGUAUAGGCCCACAUCCCGCAAACUUUCCCUGUUUGGCAAAGCACCCAGCUUUAAGCGUGCACUUACGUCUUGUUUCCCUUAAGCACAUGCGUAAGUGCUUUGCUGAGUCUGGACUUGAGAGAGGAUAGACCCCUAAGAGUAAAAUUCCUCUUUGUUCUGCUUGGGUUCAUUUUGUUCAUGACCUAUCAUGCAUACACUGGUAUUUUUGUAAGGACUUUAUUUCCGAAUGGGAGGUGUCGGCCCGUUUCAUUAGCAUGUGAACGUUCUUGUGGAGCCUGUUGUUAGGUUUUGGUGUUCCUUGCAUGUCCUUUCAGUACUGGUUUCCACCUUUCCUGUAUAGGCGGUGUUCUCUAGCACUACAAGUCUUAUCGAUUUCCAGUAGGAAAUUAGGAUACAUUCAUAACGGAUAGGUAGAUACAGUAUGGUAAUAAGUGUAAACUGUGCUGGGAAGUGUCUGUGUAUUAUAAUUUCCUAUAAGACCACUGUAAUGUUUCAAGCAAUGGGAAAAAAAAAUGUAUGUGGAGGGACAACAAAGUUUACAUUUCAUACUUUUCAGAAUCGCUUUAUUAUUUAUUUAUUGAAGAUAGUGUAGAAUUUUGUAUCAGAAAUGACAGACAUACUUAUGUAUUUUUUGAAACAAAACAGAGAUACACACUUUAGUUAGAAACUUUCAACUGACCACAUUUUAGAGGGAGUGUAACUUCCUAGGCAUGCAUUUGUUUACCACUAACUGGCUGAAAACAUGAUUAAGAGAACUUUAAGUUUCUAUUUUUCAAUGUUGUUAAGAAAAUUGUUUCAAUUAAAAUAUGUAAAUAGUACUAAACCCAUGCUUUCCUAAUUCCAUAUCAAUACAUUUUAUUAAAUAUAAUGUAUAUGAAAAUACACAUUGUUGUGGUAGGAUAAAAAAAGUGAUAAAAUCUAUUAAUGGAGUAACAUUAAAUGUCAUUGUCUAACCU